AUGGGCACCAUGGAGAAGGAAACCGUUCAUUCCUCAAGACGGCCUAAGCUCCUGACCUACGAGGAGAUACAAGAGUGGUCGCGAGACAACGAUUUCAUCCAUACCGGCUAUCGCCCAGAGAAGCCCGACUACAAGGACAUCUUCCUCAGUCUGACCUACCUCCACAACGAGACUUGCAAUAUAUAUACACACUUGAUCGGCGCGAUACUGGUAUGGCCUGUCGCAUACAUCUACAUGCGGAUUCUGGCCGAGCCCCAGUACCACAACGUCCUACCGGCGGACUAUGUGAUGUUCACCAUCUUCUUCUUCUCUUGCGAGUUCUGUCUGCUCUCCAGCGCUGUCUAUCACCUGAUGCAACCUCACUCGCACAAGGUGGAACAGUUGUGGCAUGUAAUGGACCUGACUGGCAUUGCCGUCAUCAUUGCUGGCACAUUCGUUGCGGCUAUCUACUACUUCUUCAUCUGUCAGCCUGCGUUCCAGAUCUUACACUGGGUCAUUACCAUAGUCUCGGGCUCGGCCUGCGUCGCUUUGAUCUCGAUACCGAAAUUCAGGACAUUGCGCUGGCGCACUUUGAGGGUGGUGGCCUUCUUCCUCUUCGGACUAUCAGCCUUCGUUCCCAUACUGCAUGGCGUCGGCCUGCACGGUUCCAAGUACAUGUUUGAUUACAUGGGAAUGAAGUGGUACUUGAUAGAGCUUGCGUUGUAUGCAACCGGCACUCUGAUUUUCGCGACUCGGCCUCCCGAAAGAUUCGCUCCGGGCAAGUUCGACUUUUUCGGCUCCUCACAUCAGAUCUUCCACCUUCUCAUCUUGGCGGCGAUGUGGGUCAACUGCCUGGCUCUUACACAGAGUUUUCGAUCAGUUCAUACGUUGGAUCUAUGCCACCGGUAG